CAGCGGUACUCUACGAUAGAGCAAAAGGUACAAGAAACCAGAAAGAUUAAGAAACGCUACAAUACGACCUGUAAGUUUUCCCAGAUCUCGUACGUGGGUGCAAUAUACUAAUAAUAUGACAAUCAAAGAAUCUUCACCAGCAUAAACAAUGGACCUACCCAAGGACCCUCGAAAUUGGAGUUUGCCUCAUAGUCAACACGCAUCGAACACCUUUCAAAACCCGUCAGCCUUCCAACAAAACUCAAGCCUUGUUUCGCAGAUACCAAUUACAUGGACUCCCUCAAUCUCACCCAAGGAUAUUGAUUUGGCUUCUCGCCUUCCGGCCUGCCCCUUAGAAUGUCAAAGUCAAGAGAAAACUUCUAGUGCACCUGCUGAUACAGGAAUCUACACCUGUACUCAGCACGGCUGUACUCUUCUAUUCGACACGAUAUUUGAGAUGAAGCACCACAGGCGAAUACGUCAUCCGAACCCUGUAAGUUCUAUUGUUUCCCCUAUAUUUUGAAAUAAGCUAAUUGCCAUUUUUAUAGUGCUAUAAAACAAAUCCUUGGACCGGAAAGAGAUGUGAUUUAAAAUUCUCUCGGCCACACGAUCUUACACGACAUGUGAAUUCUAUUCACAAAGUAUCUAAGGAAAAGGAAAAGUGUGAGCUGUGUACAGAUAGGGGAUUUAGCAGACACGAUGCGCUCGUCAGACAUAUGGGGUCAGCGCAUCCCGAACAUAAAACAGGAGCUAAGAAGCGUAAGACCAAAUGUGUGUAAGGUUUACCUUUAGUGUUUCCAUCUGUGUAUACUUGGACAGUCGUAUGGGCUAUGUCAUGCUUUCUAUUAAGUUCUAUUGCGUCGGGGGAAUUGAUCGAUGGUGCGUGAUGUUGGUCGAGGUCAAAAGAAGUAUUUGCUAUAAACUUUGGCGGG